ACUAAUUUCUCUGUUCUAGGUAAUGAAUGUAAAGACAGCUGGAAUAAACUGCAGAAUGCGUACAUCCAGGCUAAACACUGUAGAGCCACAAAAUCAGGUCAGGCAGCAAACAGUUUGAGCAAGUGGAAAUUUGAAGAUGAAAUGGCUUUUUUGAAUCCAACUCUCAUAACAAGGGAAACUCGAGGAAAUGCAGAAGACAGCCCCAAUAAUGAAGAUUAUGAUGGAACACAAGAAGUAACUGUCUUAUGUCCAAUUGAUGAAACAGACUCACAAGUAGCCUCGUCAGAAAGUUCCCAAUCCAAUCCACCAAGAAACAAUCUACUGAAAAGUGCAGUCCCUAUAAUGGCGGAGGCCAUCGACAGUCCCACUGCUAAUGUAUCAGAUUCUCCAAUAACCUUUACUCAACCUCCAGCGAAGCUCGUAAGGCCUUAUGUUGGAAAAAAACGUUUGUCGUCAUCCGUACAAGAAAUGGUUAAAAUAAUGAAAGACAACCAACGCUUGCACUCCCAAGUGCUUCUUCAAAGUGCACAUGCUACAUCAAGUGACAACGUGGACAAUGAAUGUGAACUUUUUUUCCUCAGCAUGGCGAAAAAUGUGAAAAAAUUUCAUCCUGAUGAGUAAAUUAGAAUGAAUAUGGAAGUGAGCAACAUUGUUUUGGGGACAGUGUUGCAAGCAACAUGUGGGAGCUCAUUUCAGGUGAACCCUG